AUGGGAGCGAAAGCAAGCAAACAGUAUCAGCAACAAGAACGACUUGAUAGAUCACAGCACCGACAAAUCAAAGUUACUGCUAAUAAACACUCAAGGAGAGCAUCCCCUGCACAUCGGGUACGAAAGACCUCCUUAUCCUCCUCAUGUUCGGCUCACACUUUAUCUUCUUCAUCAUCAUCAUCCGUCGAGUUCAGGCACGAACAGAUGCCUGCUACCAUCUUGCCCCUGUCACAUAAUUUCUUGUCCACAGCCCACGGUUCAAGAGACUAUGCUAUUAGUGACGACGAUAAAAACAUUUCAACUGUAACCGCCGGUAGCUCAGCAUUCAACAGUAGCAAUAUUACAGCGCUUUUUUCACAGAUAGAUUCAGCAUCAUCCAUUGCUGGAGAUUCCAUAGCAUCAAGAGCCACCACAGUCUCUAGCCGUUCCUCUAGUAUGAGAGGAGACAAGUUCCUACCUCCCCCUUAUUCACCAGGUCAAUUUACGAAAGAUAGCUAUUUGCAAAUCAUUAAUGGCCUUAUACCCGUAUCCUCUUCUGGAUCAACCAAUGCUAGAGAGGAACUUCAAGCCUCAUCAUCCACUCUACAUCUCCAACCUGAACAGUCCAUGCCUACUGCCGACUACGAUGCUAGCAGUCUCUCCAGCGCUAGCCCCGUUGGCUCCAUUCACAGUGCCUCCACCAGUGCAUCAAGGCCCUCCAUAUUAUCGUCCACCUCAUCCAGCAGCCAGCCCCAGUUGUCGCAUGAAGUGCUUCUUGCCGAACUACGACACCAACGAAAGUUAACUGCAAGGACCACCAACCCCGUUGGUUCCACCUUGGACACCAACGCAAUCUCUGAAGCUAAAACCAUUCAAACCAUCCUUGAGGUCGCCUUCACACGAGCUCAAGCCCUUGAUAAUCCUACUGAAUACAUCGAAGCCUACCAGGCUACCCGAUGCUAUGCCGAUGAGACAAACGAUCCUGUGGCACGUAUUUGGGUGGCACAGUGUCACCUCAAUGGCUGGGGUGUACCACGAAAUCCUACACUUGCCUUCCAGUCAUUAUCCAGCAUGGCCAGACGUAACAUCAUCGAUGCUUAUUAUCCAACCGGAUGUUGCUACUAUGAUGGCGCUGGAGUGUCACAAGACAAGAAAAAAGCCUUUUAUUGGUUUGAACUAGCCGCCAACAGUGGCGAUGCUAUGGCACAAUACCGCAUUGGAUCCAUGCUGGCCAAAGGCGAAGGCGUUAAAGAAGACGAAACACAAGCCUUCGAGUGGUUCAAGCAAGGCGCUGACAAUGGAAACAAGUACGCACAAUAUAUCGUUGGCAUUCACUACGAACAAGGAAUGAUUACCGAGCGUGAUAUGGAACAAGCUAGAUCCUAUUACCUACUCAGCGCACAACAAGAAUUUCCUGACUCCCAAACCGCUCUCGGUAUGGCACUCCUGCAGACAGGCGAACAUGCUCAAGGCGUGAAGUGGUUAGAAAUGGCUGCCCAAAAGGAUAAUUCACGUGCUCUUCUCAAACUCGGUAUCAUGUAUGAAGAAGGUGAUCAUGUUGAGAAGAAUAACGAUCUGGCUGUUAUGCACUAUAAGGCGGCUGCCAAUAAGAACGACCCGGUAGCGCAAUACCUACUUGGACUCAACUACCGUCUUGGUGACCUCGGAUUGCCACAAAGCUAUUCUGAUGCCCUAACCUAUCUCAAGAAAGCAUCUGAAAAUGGUUUUGCUUCAGCGCAGCGUGUGCUUGGCCUCAUGUAUGGCGAAGGCGUAGGCGUUACCCAAGACUACAAAGUGGCUAUGGAAUGGUUCAAGAAAGCCGCCGACCAGGGUGACGUGCGAGCUUAUGGUCUGUUAGGCAACUACUACGAAAAUGGCUAUGGUGUAGAACGUGAUCCCAUACAAGCCUUGGAUUACUACACCAAAGCCGCCAACCUUGGUUCCGAUGCUGCUGAAUUCUCCAUUGCUCAAUUAUUACACAAAAUGAGACGCUACAGUCAGGCCUACAAGUGGUAUAGCAAGGCAGCCAAGCGCGGUCGCAAGAAUGCAAGGCUGAUGGUCGCCCGCUACAAGCUACAUGGAUGGGGCGGGCUCGAGAAAGAUGCCUCCUCUGCAUUUAAGGAACUCUCUCAGCUAGCCAACGUUGAAUCAUUCCAAGAAGCCUACUUCUGGGUUGCUGCUUGCUACGAAGAAGGCGGCGGCGUGCAAAAGGAUUUGUCUGUUGCUUUUGAGUAUUAUAUGAAGAGCGCUGAAGCAGGUGAUGUUGAUGGUGAAUUCCAGGUCGCAUUGAUGCUCUCCAAUGGCCAAGGUGUCUCUCAAGAUAGACAGCAAGCGUUUUACUGGUACUCCAAGGCUGCUGCUAAGGGACAUCGCACUGCACAAUACUCAAUGGGUCUAUACUAUUCCAAAGGUCUUGAAGAUGUACCUCAAGAUUUGGAAAAAGCCCAAACCUACUUUGAACAGGCAACCAGCCAGGGAUUGCCUGAAGCAUUCAACUCAUUGGCAGCACUGUUUGAAGUUCAGGAAAAGUAUGAAGAGGCCCUCUACUGGUAUAAGCGAGGAGCCUCCAAUGGUGACCCCGUAUCCCUACGACAACUCGCCAUGAUGUACGAUGGUGGCGUCGGUGUAUCCGUCUCCCAUGAAAUUGCCUUUAAGUUAUUCGAAAAAUCCAGUGCUCAGAACGAUUCCCAAUCAGAGUUGAUGAUGGGCAGUUACUACGAACACGGAAACUAUGUCGAUAUUGACAUUGAAAAGGCAUUGGAAUACUAUGCCAAAGCAGAAUCGCAUGGUGCCCAUAUUGCACCAUUCGCCAUUGCACAAAUCCUUCACAACCAAGGACGCUACGAGGAAGCGUUUGUCAAGUACCAGAAGGCGGCUGAAAAUAAAAAGCUAGCCAACUCCAAAGUCGGACGUACCGCCCAGCUUAUGGUUUCGCGCUACAUUCUCAGCUACGAUGGUCCCGCUGGACCAGGCAGUCCUGCCGACCCAGAAACCAAGAAAAAAGCCGCAGACUCCCUCAUAUCUCUUGCUGAAUCGAAAUUCAAAUCAGCCUAUUUCUGGGCUGGUGAUUGUUACUAUAACGGAAAUGGAAUCGAAAAGGACUUGACAUCCGCUUUCAAGUGGUUCCAACGAGCAGACUCUGAAUGCAAUGAUUCAGAUGCUAAGCUUCGCAUCGGCAAGAUGUACAAAGACGGUUUGGGUGUUGAGAAAGACGCUUCAAUGGCUGUUCAAGUAUUUGAAGAGCUUGUGGAAACCAAGCAUCAGACCAUUGCUCAACAGACUCUUGGACAAAUCUACUGGGAGGGUUCCACAGCUGUAGAACGAAAUGUCGAUCUGGCUAAACACUGGUAUAACUUGGCAGCCAGCAGCCCAAGUGCUGACGCUGAAUAUAUGCUUGGUCUUAUUUCCAUGGAGCUUGGUGAGGAAGAAGAAGCCUUGUCUUGGUACGAAAAGGCAAUCGAUCGGGGCCACGUUGCUGCCAUGCGGGAGUUUGCCUUACUCUAUCAACAUGGUGAAGGAAGCAUUGAACAAGAUCUGAGCAAGACUAGCUUCUGGUUACAACGUGCCGUUAAGGAAGGAGACGCAGAAGCUAUGGUCUAUCUUGGUUUAGCCUAUGAACAUGGCAUGGGAACAGUUAUUUUCCGUAAUCGGGACAAGGCUAUGCAACUAUAUCAAGAUGCUGCAGCUACUGGUAAUAGCAAUGCCAUGUUUUUGGCUGCGCAAAUGUUCCAUGCAAGUGAGAAUUACGCUCAGGCCUUGGAGCUCUUUGAACAAGCUGCCAACCACGGCAAGAUUACCGCAAGAGUUAUGACGGCAAGAUACAGCCUGAAUGGUCUUGGCGGAUCCAAGGAAGAUCCCGAGUCUGGAUUUAAGACUCUACUGGAAUGCGCUGAAGCCGAUUGCGUUGAAGCUUACAAUCUCAUUGGACAGUGCUAUGAACGCGGCCUUGGCACUGAACAAAAUCUUACGGAAGCACUGAGUUGGUAUCAAAAGUCAGCGGUUGCUUGCCAAGAUCUUGAAGCCAUGUGUAAGGUCGCAUACAUGUAUGGUGAAGGCUCAGCAGUCGAACAGUCUCACGAAGAGGCUCUCUAUUGGUAUCAUCAAGCAGCCGAAACAGGAGCGUAUCCUCUCGCGCAGUACUUCAUUGGUCUUUACCAUAAGGAAGGCCUUGGUGGUUUGGACGGUGACGCCGAAGUGGCCAAGAUCUACUUUCGAAAGGCAGCCGAUCAAGGUGAUGCUCGUGCAAUGUACGAGUUAGCCAAUAUUCUCUGGUCCAAGCGUGCGUACAAUCCUGCCAUGUCCUAUUACGAAGAAGCUGCCUCUUGCGGUAUCAGUGAUGCACUGCGCACUUUAGGCUAUUUUUAUCAUGAAGGUGUCAGUUCAUCUGCUGGAUCCGAUAUGUGCGUAAUUCCAAAAGACUAUGAAUUUGCCUUCGGCUACUUCUUGAGAGCCUCAACUCUGAACGAUCCUACCGCCACCAUUCUUGUUGGUGCAUAUUAUGAAAAUGGAUACUACGUUGAACAAAAUCGUGAUACCGCUCUUAAAUAUUACAAGAAAGCUGCUGAAAUCGGCGGUGGAUCUAUUGCCGAGAUGGCCAUUGGCCAACUCUUACACAACAUGGAGCAGCAUGACGAAGCCGUCGAAUGGUUAACCCAAGCCGUCGAACAUGGCAGUGCUCCCGCUGAAAAGCUACUUGCUCUCUAUCAUUUGCAUGGUUGGGGUGGAGUGGAACAAGAUGUCGAUUUUGGUUUCAAUCAACUUCUAGCCAUGGCUGAAAAAGGCCAGAGUGAAGCGUUUUUGGAAGUUGCAAAGUGCUAUGAACUAGGUGUUGGCGUCGAUCAAGAUUUAGAACAAGCCUUUGGAUGGUGGAGCGAAGCAAGCGCUAUGGAAGAUGACGUGGAAGCUGUAGUCAAGACAGCUGAAUGCUACGAGUAUGGAUUAGGUACCGACGUCAAUCUGCUCAAGGCAAGAGAUUUGUACCAGGUGGCCGCUGAUAUGGGUAAGGCAUAA